AUGUCUCCUGCGCCCCCGUGUCUGUCCCUGACGCCCUCGCUGCUCUCCUCCGUGAGCCAGCUGCUGGACUUCUCGACGCUUAUCCCCGGCACGAGCAGUUUCGCCCCGGGCGCCGACACGAGCGUCUCUUCGGCGAGCGCGUUUCAUUCCGUCGCCAGCGCCUUUGUUCCCAUCUCCGCCUCGAUGUCAACGACCCUCCCAAAGGGCGUCGCGUGCUGCCACUCGCCGGCGCACCCUGCCGUGGCCCAAGGGAAGACCACCGCCUGUCCUCAUCAGCGCCUCGCUCUUCCGGCCGCCGUCAGUAGAGUCCCUUCGGUUCCCUUGGCUCCCUUGGCCCCCUCGCGCUCGCAGACGCCCUUUGUCUCCGCCGCCGCUUCCUUGCCCCACGCGCUACACACCCCUUUCACGCCCCCGGCAGGUGCCAUCCACACCGUCUACACAGCCCACCUACCGUGCCACAGCGCCCUGAACUCGGGGUAUGCCUCCCACAGCGCGCCCAUUGCGCCGACCCCCUUUGCCUUCGCCCCGCUCGGCCCCGCGCCCAGCCCGGCCGUCGCAAGAGCACCUUCCGUCCUCGCCCUCCCUCCGGUGCAUCAUGCGAGGUCCCUCCUCCCGGCCGCGCCUCCCGCCACCCCGGCGAGAGCAGCGCAGCCCCCGAACGAAGACGAGAAGGGCUGCCCUCCCGACGGCGACUUCAGCGCCCGGAUGUUCCUCCCGAGACCUCCCUCUCGGCCCCCUGGCGUCGCGGAGGUCUUCCAGGCGAGCGAGGAGGGGGGCGGCCCCUCCUUCCCCCCUCGUGAGGCAAGGAGGUGUGAGGUCGAGGAGCAUCUCGUACGCAGCUUCCACCCUCAUUAUUUCGCAGCUGGUUAUCUGCCGCCCUCAUACCCUCUCGGUUUACAAGCCGUCACCGUGACCUCUGCACUAAGGGCCAAAGUCAGGCGCCGUUACACUGGAUAUCAGACCAAACAGCUGGAGAAAUGGUUUGGAGAAUAUAAGUACAUCACGCCACAGACGAGGAAGAUUAUUGCUUGUGAGCUUGAUUUAAGGGAACGCCAGGUGAAGACGUGGUUCCAGAACAGACGAGCGAAAGAGAAGCGUAGAAGAGGCAGUGUGAGUUGA